AUGAAGACGACUCAUCUCCCGCAAGAGCUCAUAACCCAGAUACUUUCCAUACUACCCAUCAAGCCUCUUGUUCGGUUUCAGUGUGUUUCCAAGUCAUGGUUCGCCCUAAUAAUCAACGACUCACAUUUCAUCAAUUUGCAUCUCAGUCGCUCCAAAGAACGCAUCCUCAUUUUAGCGAGCUCUGAGCCACUCGAUUUCCUCAUUGUAAACUUGUCCAACGAGGAUCGGUUCGGCGAGGCUGUGAAGAUCCAACACCCACUACACCACUCAGAAAGCAACCGUAUUGUAGACUCUUGCAAUGGCCUGGUUUGCAUCAACAACUACAACGAUGAGACUGUGAUAUGGAACCCAUUAAUUAGAAAAUACAAAAAAUUACCCUCUAAGCCCAGAGAAGAGUUGAGUCAUGACCAUUUCGCAUUUGGACACGACAGAGUCAACGACGACUACAAGGUUUUAAGGUUAGUGGAGUUCUAUCGACGGGAUGGAAGAAGAAAAUAUAGUCUUGAGGUAUACAGUCUAAGAGAACACUCUUGGAGAAUGGUGGAAGAAGAAUGGCCUAUUGUGGAAUUGUCACAUUUCUGCUACACUUACCGGGCCAUUUUCUCCAACGGUGCUUUCCAUUGGAUGGUUACUCUUGUGGCGGACUUAAAAAAGGUCCAUGUUGCAUUUGAUCUCAGCACUGAAAAAUUCCGAGUGCAUGAAUUUCCUGUUAAUUCUUCAAUCAAUUUGCGUGUCUUUUUGGUGGACUUGGGAGGAUGGCUUUGUGCAGUUUUUCAGGAUCUCUGUGAAGUUUGGGUGAUGAAGGAGUAUGGGAUAGUAAGUAGUUGGACUUUGCUUUAUGCGAUGGAGCGAGCUUUUACCAACUACCCACCUUUAGUGUUCUCACGUGACGGCGAAGAGGUUUUUACCGGAGAACUAAUUGAGAGUCACUUAAUGGAACUCUAUUGGUAUGACAUCAAAAAGAAGACACGCAGGAUUGUUGAGAUUGAAAAUAUACCCGUUGAUCUCAUUUUGCCUUACUUUUGUGUGGGAAGCCUCCUCCUUCUCGAUGCUGACAAUGACAAGGAAUAA